AUGGACGCCAUGUGUUUGCAGGUCAAACCGGCGGCUGAGUGGUCAAACCGGCGGCUGAGUGGUGGGUGUGUCUGCUGUCUGCACGGCUGCGCGAAGAAUUGCCAGCUGCGAAGGGGAGACGCACGGGUUCUUGUUUCCAGCGUCUGCUUGUCAACUUGUUGGCUUGUUUGCGUGUCUGCUGGUCUACUGGGGCAACUUCUGUUGGACAGCCACUACGGUACGGACGCGGGUGGGUGCACUGUGGGGUGUGGUGGACGUGUGUUCGGUGGCUGGGCGUUUGGCGGGCUUGGACGGGAGUGCACGAGCGGGGGAGAGUGUGUGCUGCAACUGCACGCGUCUGCUGAGACAGACAAAGACGUGGAGGGGGCAACACUCGUGGUGGGAAUGGGCGGAUGGGCGCAAGCGCGGAUGGGCGCACGGCGCGGGUGGGCGCACGGCGCGGGUGGGCGCAUGGCGCGGAUGGGCUCACGGCGGAUGGGCGCGCGGUGGACAGGCGCAAGGCGGGGGAUUUGGGGCGAGUGCGGAUGGGCGCACAGCGGACGGGUGCGCAAUGGACGGGCAAAGCUGGUGUAUUUGGCGGAGUGGCGUGUGGCGAGUGUGUCACCUGCGUGUGUGUGCACGUCUGCUGGAAUAACCACAGGCUGCACUGGUUUGACACUCACCAACAAUUCUUGGACGCGUGGGAGGGGGACACUGGUUGCAGAGGCGAUUUGCCUUCGCAGGGAUGAGGGUAACACAUGCACGGAUUUGCGCACGGCAGAUGAGUGGGUGGCGGACGGGCGGAUGGCGGACGGGCGGGUGGCGGACGGGCGGGUGGCGGACGGGCGGGUGGCGGACGGGCGGGUGGCGGACGGGCGGGGUGGCGGACGGGCGGGUUGGCGGACGGGCGGGGUGGCGGACGGGCGGGGUGGCGGACGGGCGGGGUGGCGGACGGGCGGGGUGGCGGACGGGUGGGGUGGCGGACAUGUGGCUUCUGCGCCUGCACGUGCAACCGCGGGCUGCUGGGCUGUUAGGGACCAUUGGGCGGUGGGGAGUGGCUGCAGAUGGGACGGGAGGGAGAGUGGUGACCGCUGGCAGAACGGGUGA